AUGGCGGCGUCCUUAGAUGAUGAUCUGGAGUUAAACAACCAGGAUUACUACUCUCUGCUCAACGUCAGGAAAGAGGCUACGUUGGAGGAGCUGAAGGCGUCGUACCGGAGGCUGUGUAUGCUCUACCACCCGGACAAACACCGAGACCCGGAGCUGAAGAGACAAGCCGAGCAGCUUUUCACCCAGGUGCACCAGGCGUAUGAAGUGCUUUGUGACGCUCACUCCAGAGCCAUCUAUGACAUCUUUGGGAGUAAGGGACUGGAGGUGGAAGGAUGGGAGGUGGUGGAGAGGAAGAGAGCUCCGGCAGAAAUACGAGAGGAGUACGAGAGGCUGCAGAGAGAAAGAGAGGAGCGGAGACUGCAGCAAAGAACCAACCCAAAGGGCACCAUCAGCGUUGGUGUGGAUGCAACCGACCUGUUUGACCGCUACGAUGAGGACUUUGAAGAGUUGCCAGGAGGAGGCUUUCCUCAUAUCGAAAUUAACAAGAUGCACAUUUCUCAGUCCAUAGAGGCUCCUCUGACCAACUCUGACACAGCAGUGCUGUCUGGUUCACUCUCUACACACAAUGGGAAUGGAGGGGGCAACAUCAACAUGACUGUGCGAAGGGUUACUUCAGCCAAGGGCUGGGGAGAGGUGGAGCUUGGUGCUGGAGACAUACUUGGGCCUCUCAUUGGGUUGAAGGUGUUUCGCAAUGUCACUUCACGGUGUUUCUUGACAGCCCAGUGUGGAUUGCAGUUCUCUCCUCGAGGUCUGCGACCGAGCUGCUCUCUGAUGACAGCACGCCACCUGGACCAGAACACCAUGGGUUACCUUCAGUGGCGCUGGGGGCCCCACAGCGCCAUGAUCACCAGCCUGGUCCGAGACACAAAGAGCAGCCACUUCACUUUAGCUCUGCAGCUUGGUGUGCCUCACUCCUACCUGAUGAUGAGCUACCAGUACAAGUUUCAGGAUGAAGACCAGACCAAAGUCAAAGGCUCUGUCAAGACAGGCUGGUUUGGCACCGUGGUGGAAUAUGGAGCAGAGAGGAAGAUCAGCAGACACAGUGUCCUGUCAGCCACUGUCAGCGUCGGCGUCCCGCAGGGAGUCACGCUCAAGAUCAAGUUGGCGCGUGCCAGUCAAACCUACCUGUUUCCAAUCCACCUGACGGAUCAGCUGCUGCCCAGUGCCGUCUUCUACGCCACCGUGGGACCCCUGCUGGUUUACUUGGCCAUCCACAGACUGGUUAUCAUCCCGUAUACACAUGCACAGAAAGAGCAAGAUCUGGAGCUGCAGAGGAAGAGCUCCGCCACAGACAUCGCCAAGAAGAAGCAGGAGGCAGAGUCUGCUGUUUUGCUGAUGCAGGAGUCUGUGAGGAGAGUCAUAGAAGCAGAAGAAUCCAAGAUGGGCUUGAUCAUCCUGAAUGCCUGGUAUGGAAAGUUUGUGUCAGACACCAGCCAGAAGCAGGAGAAAGCCAAGGUGAUCGACGUCACUUUGCCCUUGCAGUGUCUGGUCAAAGACUCCAAACUCAUCCUUACAGAGGCCUCUAAGGUGGGGUUGCCGGGCUUCUAUGACCCUUGUGUAGGAGAGGAGAAGAGUCUUAAAUUGCUGUACCAGUUCAGAGGUGUGAUGCACCAAGUCAUCUCUGCAGACGCCGAGCCUCUACGGAUACCUAAGCAAUCUCACAGAAUUGAAGCCGAGUCGUAG